AUGGAAGCGUCAUCUCGCAUGCCCAUUUAUGUGGCUGCUGCUUUCGCAACAGGAGCUAUAUGCACCAUCGCAAUUGAUAGACUCCUUCGCUCUGAGGGACUAAUAAGCCGGACAGUACCUGGAAGCAAAGAUGCAAUGAAUGAACUCUCGAUAGCCAACGGAAUAGAAUACCAUGGGCUCCCAAAGAAACCACAGCCUCCCCCAAUAGUGGACGGCAUUGAAGGAUGCAUCGGAAACACCCCUAUGGUCCGUAUCCGAUCUCUAUCAGAGGCGACAGGAUGUGAGAUACUAGCGAAAGCAGAGUUUUUGAAUGGCGCUGGAGGGAGUCCUAAGGACCGCGUUGCGUUAAGUAUGAUACAGGAGGCUGAAGCGAAUAGCCUUCUUACUCCAUUUGUGGGAGAUGCUAUCUAUGAAGGCACUGUAGGAUCUACAGGAAUAUCCCUUGCCACCCUAGCAAGAGCAAGAGGAUACCUAGCACAUAUUUGCAUGCCAUCGGAUCAAUCGACAGAAAAAUCAAACCUGCUCCUUAAACUGGGGGCGGUCGUUGACAGAGUUACCCCGGCUCCCAUUGUAGAAACCGGCCACUUUGUCAACAGGGCUAGGAGUCUGGCGCAUUCCCACGGACAGGCGGAACAACCUUCGCGUGAAUCUUCGCCAUUCGAAAAGCCAAAUAUAGAGGCCAUGGCCUCGGAUGCUGCUGCUAAACAAAGCCGGGGUUUCUUUGCAGACCAGUUUGAGAAUUCUGCCAACUGGCAAGCCCAUUAUCGAACGACAGGACCAGAAAUCUAUGUACAGUGCGAGGGUAAGCUGGACGCAUUUGUUGCCGGCGCUGGAACGGGAGGUACCAUUUCUGGAGUUGCACGGUAUCUGAAACCUCGAGUCUCGAACAUGACCGUCGUCCUUGCGGACCCUCAAGGCAGUGGACUGUAUAACAGAGUCCGCUACGGCGUGAUGUUCGACACAAAAGAAAGGGAAGGUACAAGGAGGAGGCAGCAAGUCGACUCUAUUGUGGAAGGAAUAGGGAUUAAUCGGGUCACUGCAAAUUUUGAAGCUGGCCGAGAGCUAGUGGAUGACGCUGUAAGAGUCACUGAUGCACAAGCCGUUGCAAUGGCACGUUGGCUGGUGGAGAAGGAUGGUAUAUUCAUUGGCAGCAGCAGUGCUGUAAAUUGUUUUGCUGCCGUUAAAACGGCUCUAAAGCUAGGCCCUGGCCAUAGAGUUGUGACAAUCCUCUGUGAUUCUGGAACCAGACAUUUGUCAAAGUUCUGGGCAGAGGCAGGCAACGUUGGAGGAGCCGUCGGCACUAAGCUUGAGGACGUUCUUAAUGCUAAGGAGUGA